UAAAGCUAAUGAGAUUAUGCAUUUUUCAGCUUCAAAAAGGGACUACGAGGAAGCAGCCAAAAAGCUUAAAGACGCGUAUCUUACGGAAGACUAUGCAUUUAAGCACGCUGUUUACCUCGUGCAAAAGAAAGGUCAUCUAUUUUUAAUCACCGAAAACUUUGAGGAUUUACGCAUAGACGCAAAUCUCUUUACCAUGGAAGAACUGGCAGCCCCGAUUGCGGUGGUAAAGAACACGAGAGAUCGGACAAUUCUGUUGAGGGAACCACCAAGCUGCUCUACCGACUUAAUUGAGAUGAGUCCGACCAACCUAGGCCAGGAUAAGGAAGCGAUAACGUGGAAAACUGCCAACAAGAUGAUAUCCUAUAUGAGUAAGCAGGAAGUGACGAUGAAGGCAUUGGCAGAGAGUAUGGAUACUCUGGUGAAAUGCUCGGUCAGAAAUACGGAUGCGAUUGUUAAACUAAGCAAUCAUUAUCGAGCCGCUCAAUGUAAUGUAAUGCCUGCUGUUAAAGCCAUAAAGGAACGCUCAGCUGAAGGAACAGUCAAGCCUGCAGACAAGAGUUUGUUCCAUAGUGUCGGAGCACAGACAAAUCCUGUCUUAAGGGCUUCAGAGGGAAGGAGCAUAAAUAAACUUUUAUGCUCAACCAAGAUUUAUUCUCCGCUUUUGAAGAAUAACCAAGUCAUGGAAAAGGCAAAGGUUCCGGACGUGUCAGCCAUCGGGUUGGUGGACACCGAUGAGGAUGAAAGACCUAGGAAACGACUGAACGUCACUACACCUGUGGGACAUUGGACCCAGGAACAGCAGCAGGAGGAAUCAUGGGACGAAGACCCCAUGGCUCAAUCCAUGCUGGACAAGCAUGCGUACAAGGACUGGCGCAAAGAGGCGACAGAACACUUGGGAAAGGGUCACAAAAAUCUAAGAUUAAGCCCAAGACAUGAAGUAAGUAACGAUUCUUUGAAUUUACUUGAUUCUAUGCUUACAAACCAGGAAAAAGCCAGUCAGCAGAUGUGCUGUACACACGGUGGGAGUACGGCAAACAGAUCUAGCAUGGCUGAGUUUAAACUUAAGCAAGCUAGUAUUACACGGACGUACAGACUCAAAGCUAACUCAGAGUACGCCCCUUUCGAGGACUUCCUCUUCUCAGAGCUGAAGUCUCGAAAGUUGUUUUAUAUUUUCAGCAACGAAAGCAAUCUAGUCCCGGAGGAUGAACUCAUGCAUGACAAGAAUGUGGUAAGAGAGAUAAUACUUAAUCGUAUAGACGAGAAGUAUCAUCUCUACACGAUGUCAAUUAAAGAUCCAGUAGAACUACUGGUUAAACUGAAAGAAAUAAAACGCAGCGAGUACCGGAUAAACCCUUACACAGCUCAGAAAAGGCUUUUCAAUCGAAAAAUGAUUAAAGAUAAAGAAACAGCUUUCGAAUUUUGUUUGAAGUUCGAAACGCUUAUGCGGGAGUAUGAAAGUGUAGAGGGAGUUAGAAAACUGCCCGACGUACAAAAGAAAAGCCUUCUCUAUAACGCUGUACUUCAGGUCUUUCCGGAAAUCGCUACGGCCGAGAACUUAGCAAAGCACAGUUGCGGCAAAGGAUAUGACUACGACCAACUAAAAGAUUUAAUCUUUCAGAUCGACGCCUCUAAAAGCAAGGACUCAUCGAGUCAAGCUAUGAUGACCAGCCAGUCAAGGACACCGUCUCGUUCACGGGAGAACUCAAGGGAAAAAGAAAUAUCCACGAACAUGCCGCAUAGGGAACGCUCCAAAAGCCCAAUACGGAAGCGGUGUGAGCGUUGUGGCUCUCUAGACCACAUCCGAGUGGACUGUAAACACAAGGACCCCAAAUGCUUUAACUGUAACCAAUUUGGGCACAUCGCCUCUGGACGUCCGGAACCCAGGAAACGACGAGGUGGGGCAAGCCAAGCGACAAAACGGCAGAGUCGCCGAUCGGACAGCAAGUCACCCCGACGCAACCACCAGCGAUCGGCAUCCAGGAGCCCGGCUACUAAAGUCCGACGACACAGGUCACUUACACCACGUAGGGAGAAAGAGUGAGUCUACAAUCUCAACCAAGUCUGCGACCCUAAAGGUGCACAUCUCCCAACGGGAACCAUACCAAAAGCAACCUCUGCCAAAGACAAACCGAAGAGAGUGGACCGGCUCGACCAACACUACAAACACAGAUACUACACACGGUCAACCCUUACACACACACACACACACACACACACACACACACAACAUAAACACUUACACUAUAGUCUAUAAUCUUUUGUUACACCCCUAACGAAGCCAGGGUGAUCUCCGCUCCGAACGGCUAUCGGGAGGGAGUGUUAGAUUUAAGAACACCCAAGAGGGUUCACGGGCUAGUCUUUAAGAACGCUAGCCAUUCUAUGCUGCGCGCAGAGUGAGCAUAGCUCCCCACCACGAGCGGCCCUUUUCCCCCUUUCUCAGCCGCCGCAGAGAAAGGACGGCAGAGCGUUUAGUUCCUCUCGUCAUCCCGACGUACACGCACGUCUCGUUUACGCUAAAGAAUAAAGACCACGUUUCACGCUGAA